GGCACGAUCAUAAAGACUUUCAUAUCAAUAACGCUCAAAUGCGAGCAGUCGUUCAACGCGUUGCAUCUGCUUCUGUGACAGUCAACAAUGAAGUAAUUUCCCAGAUUUCUCGAGGUCUGAUGGUCCUCGUUGGCAUUGGCACCGAUGAUACUCUUACUGAUGUUGAAACACUGUCCAAUAAGAUUUUGUCACUACGUGUUUUCUCAGAUGCAAAUAGUGCCAUGUGGAAAGCCAGUGUCAAGGACAUACAAGGAGAAAUUCUAUGCGUAUCUCAGUUCACACUAAUGGCCAACACCACAAAGGGGAACAAACCGGAUUUUCACCGUGCCAUGUCUACAGAUCUGUCGCGGCAGCUCUAUUCCACGUUUUUAGAAAGAAUGCGACAACGCUACGUCCCUGACAAGAUAAAAGACGGUCAAUUUGGAGCUAUGAUGGAUGUCAGUUUAACUAACGAAGGACCUAUCACGUUUACUUUGGAUUCACGGAAGUUUGAGUACAUUGAUAGUGCCAGCGGUAAUAAUUCAACAAAGAAAGUGAAGGCAGACAAGGAGAAUCUUUCUAAAUACGCUGAAGGGGAGUCUAUGCCAGAAGGAAAUUAAAUGUCCGCAGAUGGAUGGACGAAAAACCACUGGCCACGAUACUGGAUAACGAGCACAGCUAAUUACAAACUAAGUGAUACCAGUUUAUUGUUGGUAUGUGAGUGGAGCAAAUGUAUAUUCUAGCGUGAUAUCGAAAUACGCAGAAACU